CACAAGCGAGGACGUGUUUACCAGGAUGUGAGUUGAGUUCUUGCCACCUUUACCUUCUGAAAGCUUCUUAUGCCUCAUGGUGACAGGUGCAAACACUCAAGGGCAAUAUGAAGCCAGUAAAGAAAAAGAAAACCGAAGAACCUGAAUUGGAGCCCCUGUGCUGCUGUGAGUAUAUAGAUCGAAAUGGGGAAAAGAACCACGUGGCUGCUUGUUUGUGUGAUUGUCAAGACCUCGAUGAAGGCUGUGACAGAUGGCUUUCCUGUAAAUCAGUGCGGCCAGAGACUUGCGAAAGAAUCACAGAUACAAUUUCUGAUCGCCUCCGAAUUCCUUGGCUUAGAGGAGCCAAAAAAGUUAAUAUUAGCAUCGUCCCUCCACUCGUGCUUUUGCCAGUUUUCCUUCACGUGGCUUCCUGGCAUUUCCUGCUGGGGGUGGUGGUUCUGAUCUCCCUCCCCAUGCUGGCACUCUGGUACUACUACCUCACUCAUAGAAGGAAAGAACAGACACUGUUUUUUCUGAGCCUUGGACUGUUCUCACUGGGUUACAUGUACUACGUGUUCCUGCGGGAAGUGGUCCCCAAAGGGCGUGUAGGGCCCACUCAGCUGGCUCUCCUUACCUUCGGGUUAUUCCUGAUACUCUUAGCUUUGUACCGAGCCAAGAAGGAUCCAGGCUACCUCAGCAAUCCAGCAUGCAAUGACAAAGCCCCAAGCAACAGCCAAAUCGAAUGCCCCAUCAAAAAAGGGCAGGAGAAGACCAAAGGGUUCCCUGGAACAGAUACCUCUGGGAGCCUCAACAACCGCACGCUGAAGGAUGAUAUCAAGGGCUCCUCCAGGGUGGGACUUGACAGCCCUGCCAAGGUGAAAGAGGAUUGGUGUGCUAAGUGCCAGCUAGUCCGACCUGCCCGGGCAUGGCAUUGCCGGAUAUGCGGUAUCUGUGUAAGGAGAAUGGACCAUCAUUGUGUCUGGAUAAAUAGCUGCGUUGGAGAAUCAAAUCAUCAAGCAUUUAUACUUGCCCUUUUGAUCUUCUUGCUCACUUCGGUGUACGGGAUAUCGUUGACCUUGAACACCAUUUGUAGGGAUAGAAGCCUCUUCAUAGCCCUCUUCUACUGUCCUGGAGUUUACGAAAAUUACAGCUCGGCCCUAUCCUUCACCUGCGUGUGGUACUCUGUGAUCAUCACAGCGGGCAUGGCCUACAUCUUCCUCAUCCAGCUGAUAAACAUCAGCUACAAUGUGACCGAGAGGGAAGUCCAGCAGGCCCUGCGGCAGAAGACAGGCCGCCGUCUCCUCUGUGGACUCAUCGUGGACACAGGCCAGUACAACAGGGGCUUUCUGCGCAACUGGUACCAGUUCUCCACCCUGGGCGCACACACCGCCCACAUCCCUGCUGAGGACAUUGUCUGA